AUGGGCUUCUCCGGAUCGUGUUGGGUUGUGUUACCCAGUUCGAAUAAAAAAAAACAAGGCAGGACGGAUAAUACGAGGCGCUACGCUUCUCGCUCUUCGUCUUCCACCUUUCUUCACCAUCGUUUCUGCGUCUCCCUCCCUCUCUUCCUUUACUAUACGUUACUCGGUAUCAUCUCUUCAUCUCCCUACGCCCCUUCCAUCAUCCCCUCUUCAAAUGAUACACUUAUAUUCAAUUUUUUUUUCCUCCGCUGUUGUUGCGGGUCAAUCAGCCGGCCCCCUACUACUCUUCAUAGAUGGAAAGAUGAUACAGACCCUGCCGUGUACUCCGAGACGAUUGUAGAGUGUUCAUGGGAUCAGGAUGAGAAAGUCUGGGUACGCGAGUCAGGGUGGAUAAAUCAACGCCAAAUGAUAUCAACACUUAGAGAAAGGCCAGACAUGGGCCGUCCAAGGCUCCACUCUCAACAACGUCACCGUUGUUGUCGUCCUAGACCCGUCAGCCCUCAUCAACCAUUUCGGGACACUUGAACUCCACUGAUGUAACUCUGUCAGUUAUGGUUCUCACCACGGUCUAUCCAA